AUGGAGAAGUCAAAAGAUGAAGUUUAUUCAGCAUUGGAUAAAAUUGCUUACAACAAUUAUCAAUGGAGCUGUGAAAGAAAUGAAAUAAAGAAAGCACCAGCUGGUGUAUAUGAAUUAGAUGCCAUGAGUAUGUUCAAUGCCAAAUUUGAUGCUUUGACAAGAAAAAUGGAUAAGUUAAGCAUGAAGGUUGACUCAUUAAUUGGAGGAUCUAGUCAUACAGAAGAUGUUGGUGUAGGAAAUAUGCAUUGUAUCAAUGAUUUUCCUUCCUAUGGGCAAGAGUUUGGAAAUGAGCAUGUAACACCCCCCAAAGCACAAGGAAAACUUCCAUGUCAACCAGAGAAUCCUAGAGAACAUUGCAAGGCAGUGAUCCUAAGGAGUGGGAAAAUUUGGGGAAAUGAAAAGAAAGAUGAGGUAGAAGAGGAAAAGAAGAAAGAAGAUGAAGACAAAAAUGAAUCUAUUUCAAAUCAUGAUAAAGUUAAUGAGGAAGCAAACAAGAAGAAUGAAGUUGAAAAAGAAGAAGAGGAAAAGUAUGUGCCUCCACCACCAUACAAGCCACCAUUUCCAUAUUCUCAGAGGUUUCAGAAAGCAAAGCUAGAUAAGCAGUUUGGGAAAUUUUUGAAAGUUUUGAAGAAAUUAUACAUCAACAUUCCAUUUACAGAUGCAAUUUCUCAAAUGCCCUCAUAUGCUAAGUUCCUGAAAGAAAUUUUGUCAAACAAGAGGAGAUUAGAAGAUUAUGAAACUGUGGCAUUAACAGAGGAGUGUAGUGCUCUCUUACAGAAUAAACUUCCACCAAAAUUGAAGGAUCCAGAAAGUUUCUCUAUUCCUUGUCACAUUGGGGACACUAGUAUUGAAAAGGCAUUGUGUGAUCUUGGAGCUAGUGUAAAUUUGAUGCCACUCUCCAUUUGUGAAAAGCUGAAGGUAGGAGAUUUGAAGCCCAACACCAUUUCUUUGCAACUAGCUGAUAGAUCCAUCAAAUAUCCAGUGGGAAUUUUGGAGAAUACUUUGAAGAAACAUCUUGGAGUUGAUCCUUGUUUAAGGGUGGUUGUUAUUGAUGAGAUUGUGGAAGCAGAAUUUAAGAAAAGAUAUCCUGAGGACCCUUUAGAGAAUUGUUUGGUACAUAGUAGUGAAGGAGCGAAAGCAUGA